UUGUCAAAUAGCCCAAUUUAUCUAGUUUCAUUUGCCAUUUUGUUAUAUUUGAUGCCUCAGAUGUAUUCUCUACAUUCAUGUUUGUUAAUUUAUUGUACACAUUAUUUAACUCCAGGUGUUUAUAAGAGCAUAUGGCUUCAGCUGUCCCCACUUCAACUUCUACAGCCAUAUCAACAACAUCAUUUUAUGGGACAAGGGGUAGGGCCCAGCACAAAAGACGUCAUUUUCAAGUUAUUGAACCAAAUUUUGAUGGAAGUGACACGGAGAGUAACUUUGAGGAAGAUGAACCAGCCAACAUUGAAGAUGCAAGUGAAUAUGAAGAGUCCAGUGAUGACUCAAAUGAAAGUGAUACUGACCUGAAUGGUGACAAUGAUGAAACUGCUGAUGAUAAUAGCAUGCCUACAGGAAAAUCUGCUAGUAAUGCAGUGCAUAGUCAAAAUAUGCGAUGGUGCAAGCGGCAGCCUGUUCAUUAUGAUGUAGCAUUUAAAGGUGAGCCUUUCCCUCCACCACCAUUAGAAGAGUACACACCUUUACAGUAUUUCAAGCAGUUUUUUGACAAUGCCCUGAUAGAUCACCUUGUCGAACAGACAAACCUGUACUCUAUGCAGUCAACAGGGAACUCAAUUGCUGUGGAUCAUGAUGAAAUGGAGAUGUACUUGGGAUUAUUGGUUAUGAUGUCAAUCAUCAAGUUACCACAGAUUCGUAUGUAUUGGUGCAAGGAAACUAGAAUUCCUUCAGUGGCAGAUGUCAUGCUAGUAAACCGUUUUGAGAAAAUAAAGCAGUUUUUUCAUUGUAACGAUAACACCAAAAACUUGCCAAGUACAGACAAGGACUAUGACAAACUUUUCAAAGUUAGACCUGUAAUUGAGUCACUAAAGGAAAAGUGCAGGCAGAUUUCCCAAGAAGAAUGCCAUUCUGUUGAUGAACAGAUUAUACCAACUAAGAGCUGCACAAGCUUGCAACAGUACCUUCCUAAUAAACCCAACAAGUGGGGUAUAAAGGUUUGGGCAAGAUGUGGAGUAAGUGGAAUGCUUUAUGAUUUUGAGGUUUACACAGGUAAAUCCAACAAAACAAAGACCAAACCAGAAUUACUCAUGGGUGGCAAUGUUGUUUAUCGUUUAACAAGAACCCUGCCUAGAAAUGUAAAUUAUAAAGUGUUUUUUGACAAUUUCUUCUCCUCAAUACCCCUGAUGAGUUGUCUCAAGAAUGAUGGUUUUUGGGCAGUUGCCACCAUUCGGAACGAUCGGCUAAAGGGGGCUCAGAAUCAUUUGCAAAGUGAGAAGGAGUUGAAGAAGAGUGGCAGAGGCUCCUUUGACUAUGUUGUUGAGGCCAACUCUGGUACGAUAGUAGUACGCUGGUUUGAUAAUGGCCUUGUCCAAAUGCUUUCUAACUAUGUAGGAAAUGAUCUAUCUUUGCCGGCCCGUCGUUGGUCUAAAAAGGAGGGGAGGUUUAUUAACAUUGACAGACCGGCCAUGGUUGUGGAAUAUAAUAGCUACAUGGGAGGCGUUGAUUUGUGUGACAUGCUUAUAUCUGCGUACCGCAUCUGCCACCGCUCUACAAAGUACUACAUGCACAUUGUGUUUUAUUGUAUUGGAGUGGCUGUAGUCAAUGGCUGGCUGUUAUAUAGGAGGCACAUGGGCCAGAAAGAUGUACCAGCAAAACGUCAUUUAUCUCUGCUGAAGUUCCAGGCCAGCAUAGCUGUCAGCCUUACUAAAGCUGGAAAAGUUUGUGGGGAAGCUUCGAGACCAAGAAGACGACCAUCUGCCAGUCCAACAAGUGCUAAUGCUGUACCUUCCAAAAAACGAAAGGCGGCAUCAGUACCCAAUCCUACGCAAGAUGUUCAAUUUGAUCAAGUUGGACAUUUUCCAGAGUUUCAAGAGAAACAACAGUGUUGUCGUCAGUGCAAAAGUGGAUACUCACACAUAAGAUGUCAAAAGUGUGGAGUGCAUCUUUGCUUGGUUAAAGCAAGAAACUGUUUCAAUGCCUUUCAUGGACUGUAAAAAACUCUUUUUAUUCUAUUUCAGUUAUUCGAACUUACAUGCAUGUUGUUGUUGUUCUCAUUAAAUCAUUAUAGUGUUAGCAUUGAAAAAGUGCAAGCCAUUAUCUUUUCUCAAAAGUUAAAACCGUUCUAUUCAUACCAGGUACAAGGAAAGUUGAUGUUUAUUAAGGACUGAGUAUUUCAAAAGGUGAACUAUGUACAUCUGUUUGGUUAGGAAAUCAAAUUGCCUGAUGCAAAGAUCAUAUUGUACAAUCAAAUUCUAUGAUUUGUUUACUGAUUUUUAACAAUGGACUUCAAAAUAAGAUAGAAUUUCACUAUUUUAUAAUAGC